GCUAGCCUAUGUAGGCCCGCGGUGGCUGCACGUCACCGCGGCCACUGGUAACCGGCGAGUCAUGGCAAGACGUCAGGCCAGUCUGGAGAUGCUCGUACCGGCAUGUUCAAGGUUUGCAAGGACAGUUUCACUGAAGCUUUGUCGAGCCUUGCCAGCGUGACGCUCACGGAAGGUUCCUGCACUGACUGUGGUCCGAGCAGAAAGCCGCACGUCUAUUACACCGAUGUAGGCCUCCCGAACGCAUGGCUCUUGCGAUCAUCUUCGCCCUUGUAAAGCGGUUGGCUUCACAGACGCGCCGUAGCACGUCAUGCGUUGUACGCCCGAACAGUACGGGGUGGUAUCUUCUGAGAUCCGCUUUGCGAUGCUAUACACAUCACUCAGUUAUAGUAGGCCUCAUCAAGGGCUGUAAUGCGUCUGGCUGGUUGAAUUUUCUUCAGCGUGUCGAAUGGUUCCAAGACAUGCUCAUAUUCAAUAGGUGUGGAGCAGUAUACCGUGGCAGGGUAGCAGAAGUGUCGCAUGCGCGCUUAUUGCAUUAUGAGGCAGCUCCUUUUGCGUAUGAAAGUGCCGCAAGGCUGCCGGUGCUACCAUGCCCGUACCACCGC